AUGGGCAACCUCUCCGGAGUCAUCGCCGUCUUAGCGGUCAUCUUCCGACCCUCCUUAGUGGUGCCGCACGUCCAAGUACCCGACAUUCGACACCUCGAUUGGGAAGCUCUCCAUGCCAAUGGAGUCCGCUUUCUCGUUUUCGACAAGGACAACUGUCUCACCGCACCGCAUUCUGAUGUGCUCGAGCCGUCAAUUACCGAAGCUUGGGAGCGAUGCCAGCGAGUCUUUGGCCGAGAAAACAUUCUCAUUGUCAGCAACUCGAGCGGUUCUUCAGACGAUCCUUCCGGCCUAGGUGCCGAAUCGCUCAGCCGAGCACUCAAUGUUCCUGUGCUCUGCCACAAGCAGAAAAAGCCCUCCAGUGGGUGUGCCAGAGAGGCUCUCGAGUACUCUGUAGCCUUGUCAUAUGAUCGGGAUACGACAAUAGCACAGGCAUCGCACAUGCCUCCCGGAACAGGCGCAAUCGAGGCCGGCCCAAGUCGACAGACGAAGAAGUAUUUGAAGGAGAGGCGAAAGGUGCUCAGGUCGCAACUGCCGGUAGAUGAGAGUGGCAAUGGAAGCAUCUUGCUUGUCGGUGACCGAACAAUGACAGAUGUCGUGGUAGCUCACCGCAUGAACGACGAGCUCAUGCGCAGGAGGAGGAAACUUGGCCUUGACGCAGCACCCACCUCAACAUCAGACACGAGUUCAAUACCGACACCACAAUGCAUAUCAGUACUUACAACAGGCAUUUGGGCGUACGAAGGUCGUCUGAACGCCCUCAUGCGCAAACUUGAGACACGGGUCACAUCGUACCUCAUUCGAAAAGGCUUCCAACCUGGCUCACCUCGGCUUAUUUCGCUGCGCAGACCAGUGCCUAGACCAUUGAUUGACUGGCAGAAGAUCGCAGCGAAACCCGUCACGAACCCGGAGACUCUGGUUACUCGCCUGUCAAAGGAAGACGCGGCUGAAUAUGCAUACACCGGCGACCGAGUACCCUCUGCCAGUCUUGCCCAGCCAUCUCUCGGAGCGAUUCUCAUCGCUACAGUCGUCCGCCCGUUCCCACCUCGCCUAGCAUCCCUCAUUUCUCGCUUGCUAGCUAGCAGACCAAUUGUCUGGAUCUCCACCAACCUGCGUGACGGAUGGAAUGUCAUGAUCAAGGGUCUCGAUUUUGGCGUUCGCGAAGCAGGCAUUCAACCCCACACUCGCAUCCGCAAACUAACAUACCCCACCGAAACACCCUCUACCCUCCCAGCUGCUCGUAGCGACGCAUCACUGCUGGACGAAGUCGCACCAAAACCCAAAACAGAGCUCAAGAAGGAAGCAGUCUCAGCGACCCUAUCCGAAUACCUCGAAUCGCGUAUUCCCAGCCUCCCUGCUGCAGGGGCACAACAGCUCCGCAAUCGUCUCUUCCAACCUGCUUUCCUCAACCGCUUCUCUUCACCAUCAUCAUCCGGCACGCACGUAGCGCAGCGAAGCUUACACACUUCAACGAUCCGCUUUCAACAGAACACCCUACCAACAGGCGGUGGCAGACCAGGCAUUCCAAGACGAAACUGGAUCGCAGCAUUUUCAGCUCUCGUCAUCGUUCCUGCCAGCUACUACAUCGGGAUGCGUUUGCAUGAUCUUAAGGAUGCGAAGCAGAUUGAUUCGAAACAACCGUUGCCACUGACACCAGCAAGCCCAACGGCUGCACUGUACCAGCACCAGCAACCAGCAUCAGAUGCAGAGACUACAGGUCUGAACGUGCGAAAGGCUUUGGCUAGAGCACAGGCUGAUAGGAAGCGAGAACUUGAAUUGACGUUGUUUCACCUGGUCCGAGAACGUGAAGACGUAUUAGACAAGCUUGAUCGCGUUCACCAGCGUCGUCUUGAAUCUUCCUAA